UUGAUAAAGAAAGAUAAUUGAAUGAGAAUGAAAAUACGCGCCAUGAAAUGAUGAAAAAUGUAUUAAAUUAGCACUUCAUUUAGUGAAAAUAUUUAAAUAUAAACGAGUAGUUUCCUAUAUUUCGUAGUUCUACGGAGUCACUUGGAUGUAAAUUCAAAUCAACGAAACUCUUCACCAAGUUCCUUCUGUAGCGUAGGUAUUUAUUGUACAAAUACUCAUUUUUAUUAUGGCCGAAUGUCUGGAUGAUUUGAAUUUACCAACCACCAUCAUUGCCAGAUUGAUCAAAGAUGCUUUACCACAAGGUGUCAGCGUUACAGCUGAGGCUAAAGCUGCUAUUGCUCGUGCAGCUUCCGUAUUCGUGCUUUAUCUGACAAAUAUGUCAAAUACGUUAGCAAGACAAAACAGCAGGAAAAGAAUCAUACCAAAGGAUAUUUUUGAUUCGUUAUGCGAAGUAGAUUUUUCCGAAUUUGUUGCUCCUUUGCAAGAUGUAUUCGAAAAGUAUAAACAAGCUCAAAGUAGUAAAAAAACUCAGAAACGUGAUAGUACAAAUGCAGCGAAAGACGACGAAAACGAAGGUGAAGACGAAGCUGAUGAAAAUGAUAACGAACGAAGUUCACACGAUAAAAGCGACGAUACCAGUGAUACAGCGCAGUGAAUGAAUUGAUUUUCGAAUUCGAUAGUAUUGAUUUAAGCUUCAUCUCGGUGUCGUACUCGAAUGAGAAUGUAAUCGAGGUUGAAAGCCUUUAUUAUUUACGUUACAUUGUUCUGUUUGAUAACAUUCCUUUUGAAGAACUAUCAUGUCUGCUGAUUUCAUAAUUUCAGAUUACAGCGAUUCCUGUUUUUUAAAAUUAUAUCGAUGUUGUAGGUUAUAAGCCAGUUUUUAAUUGUAUUAUACUUUGAUUAUGUUUUCCUAAUAUCCUUGUCUAAUUUUAUUAAUUUAUAUUGAAUAGAAUUUUUAAAUGAAUAA